GUAAACAGUCCGCAUCAGUCGCCUCAGUCGCCUCAGGAACUGAUGAACAGAUGCUUCACACUCAAUUGAACAUGCCCCCCGUCGCGAACCUUUUAUUCCCUUGAAACGUAUCUCAAUUCAAGAUGUUGGCGACAUCUCAACCAAGCCCCAGCUUCCCUCGCCCAUCUCCCUCGUCCACUCCAAUCCCAUCAUCCUUCCGCCGCCCUGGCAGCAAGGAUGGCGACCGACAAGCGAUCUGGGUGCCCAUGCUCAACAGCGCCUCCAAGGGCAAAGACCUAUCCGAAAAGCAACUCAUCCUCCUCGGCGGCACCCCGGACCAACAGCGCGGGUUCCUCGAGCAGUUAAACCCCCCGAACCAACGAGCCCGGUACGCCAACAACGACAGGCGGCGGCAACCCAGGAUAGCCCCCGUCUCGAACCGGUACGCCCUGGGCUAUACCUAUCAUGACGUCUUGGACGCAGACCAGGAAGACGUGCUUGCGAGAAUGAACAUAUACAUGCUAGCAAAUCCCUCUGCGAACUUCGCACCCUUACUCAAGCCGCUUUUCACUCCGAAAACGGUCAAGGAUACGUUGAUUACUAUCUUACUAGAUUGGUCGGAUCCUUUGAAAUGGGCGAGGCAACUACGGCAAUGGAUCCGCUUGCUCAGGGCCGUGAUAUUGACGUUGGACGAGCAGACAAAGAUUGAAAUGGAGGAAAUCAUGACGGCCUGGAAGGAGAAGAGAGUCGGACCAGAUGCUCCCUCUGCUCAACCCGGCAGCGGCAGCAGCACUACGACGGCCGAGCAGAGAUCGAUAGUACCACCAGGGCCGGGAGAAUGGGAUGAAGGACUCGGUAUUCCGUUGUCUAUUGUCUGCAUACAGGCAGAAAAGAUCCAAGAUCUGGAACGAGACCAGGGCUGGGGGGAAGAUCAGUUUGACUUCCUGAUGCAAUGGCUGCGGUGUGUUUUGCUGAAACACGGAGCCUCGCUCGUCUAUACCGCCACAUUCGAUCCGAACAACGUGAGGACACUAGUGCAUUCGAGUCUGAGUAUUCAGUCCCUCUUGAAACGGGAGGUGGCCAAACACAACAUCGUCGACAGAGACAAGAUCCUGGUGCCGCCGAAUUGGGACUCGUGGGGGAAGAUUCGGAUUCUGAAAGAAGGCUUUGACCCGGAGGCCGUGGCGAAUGCUUGGUCCGUGGAAAUACAGCCACCUCCUGAAGAGACAUUCGACCUCUCAUCGAAGAGCUACGAUCUAGAGCCAGAGAGGCCUUCUCAAGACAACGAGGCCGAUUCAGAAUCGGCAGUCCAACUGUUCGAAAGCACCCUGCGCCGUCCCACCGACAUGCGCCCGUCCUUCCAGCCACGUACGCACGACGAAACGGUCUCUGUCCCGUCUGUCCAGGAAUUCCUGCAAGCACAGCACGAGAUGCUCGAGAAACUGAAGGCGGAAGACGAAAAGGCGGAGAGGAAAUCGCGAAAGGGUGCACCGGCGCCGACUGGAGCCGGUGCGGGCAGCGUCGAAGCAGGCGCCGGGGAAGAAGGGCCAAAGGGGGUGUCGAAUCCGAGAAUGGCCGAGCACAUUGGUCCGUAUCAGAUCAACGUGAAUGGGAUUGAUUUCGACGCCGAGGAGGCAACACGAAGGUUGAGGGAGAGGGAGAGCGAGCGGCAGAACGCGGCAAAGAACGUGCCCACAAGCGUCCCCCAUGCAGUUGGGGUUGUUACAGGAACAGGCACCAGCACGCCAAUGCGCCGGAUGGGCAGCGACCACGGUGGCGACGGAGCACAGACGCCCUCUGGCGCGGCCGGCAAGCAGAGCAACGAGGCCAUGUCCCAGUUCUUUGCCAAUCUGAUCAACAAGAAGGACAAGAGGGGCGCCGUGAGCGCAGGUGCCAGUCCCACCAGGGUCGCACCGGGCAGCAGCCCUGCCACCCGCGGACACGGUGCUGGAAGUGCCGUGACCGGGGACGAGAGAAGACGCGAGUCUUGAGGAUCGAUCUUUGGAUUGCACGCCAGCUUAAAGUUGGAUCCAUUUGAAGAGGGUGGGAAGUUGGUGGGAAGGGAAGAUGCGCUCUUGCGUGGAGAGGGCAUUUGCACCUUGUAUUCCAUGCGUUCAAGCCCCGUUGUCGAGUCCCAAAACCACAAAGAAAAGGAGGCAUAUCUUGAGCCGGCGCCGGCGCCGCGAGAUUGCCAGACAGACAGGCUCAGGAGAAAAGCAAUCUUACUUACUUACUAGACAUGGCUCGAUACCUCCCUCGUUAGAACCAGCAUGUGCCCCUGAGGAGUCACGUUCGUCC